AAAUCCUUUUCCUCUAGAUAGAGAGAUAUAGAGAGAGAGAAAGAAGAAGAAAGAAAGCUUUCAUUUUUAUUUCUUCCAAGUUUGCUUUUUUUUUUUCCCUAGAGUCAAAAAAAUCAAUCCAUCAUCUCUAUGCUCUGGUCGUCGUCGUCUUCUUCUUCUUCUUCUUCAUAGAUCUCUCUUUCUUCUUUCAUGAUCUGGUGAUAGUUUAGGUGUGUGUUGUGCAUCUGAGUUGGAAAAAGUCUUUUAGGAAGUGAGAUAUAAAACAUGUCUUCUCUUAGUAGAGAGCUCGUCUUCUUGAUCUUACAGUUUCUUGAUGAAGAGAAGUUUAAAGAGACUGUUCACAAGCUUGAACAAGAAUCUGGUUUUUUCUUCAAUAUGAAGUAUUUUGAGGAUGAGGUGCACAAUGGAAACUGGGAUGAGGUUGAGAAGUAUCUCUCUGGUUUCACAAAAGUUGAUGAUAACAGAUACUCUAUGAAGAUAUUCUUUGAGAUAAGAAAGCAGAAGUAUCUCGAGGCUUUGGAUAAGCAUGAUCGUCCCAAGGCUGUGGACAUACUAGUGAAGGAUUUAAAAGUGUUUUCAACUUUUAAUGAGGAGCUUUUCAAGGAAAUUACGCAGCUCUUGACAUUGGAGAACUUCCGGGAGAAUGAACAGUUGUCCAAGUAUGGGGACACCAAGUCUGCAAGAGCUAUCAUGUUGGUGGAACUCAAGAAGCUGAUUGAGGCGAACCCGUUGUUCCGUGAUAAAUUGCAGUUUCCUACUCUUAGAAACUCAAGGCUGAGGACUUUGAUCAACCAGAGCUUGAAUUGGCAACAUCAGCUUUGUAAAAAUCCAAGGCCAAAUCCAGAUAUAAAGACACUUUUUGUGGAUCACUCUUGUGGCCCUCCAAAUGGCGCACGGGCUCCAUCCCCUGUGAACAAUCCACUGCUUGGUGGAAUACCAAAAGCUGGAGGAUUUCCUCCUUUAGGCGCACACGGGCCAUUUCAACCAACGGCCUCACCCGUUCCAACGCCUCUUGCUGGUUGGAUGUCUAGUCCAUCCUCUGUCCCACAUCCAGCUGUCUCCGCAGGAGCCAUUGCCCUUGGUGGUCCAUCGAUCCCAGCGGCAUUGAAGCACCCGAGAACUCCUCCAACUAAUGCUGCUUUAGACUACCCAUCAGCGGAUUCUGAACAUGUCUCAAAAAGAACAAGGCCUAUGGGAAUCACUGAUGAGGUGAAUUUAGGUGUGAACAUGUUACCGAUGUCAUUUCCAGGGCAGGGCCAUGGUCAUACUUCAGCAGCUUUCAAAGCACCUGAUGACUUGCCUAAAACAGUCGCACGAACUUUGUCUCAGGGCUCAUCUCCCAUGAGCAUGGACUUUCAUCCAAUCAAACAGACUCUACUUCUAGUUGGUACAAAUGUAGGAGAUAUUGGGCUGUGGGAAGUUGGUUCUCGGGAAAGAUUAGUACAGAAGACCUUCAAAGUUUGGGACUUGAGUAAAUGUUCAAUGCCCUUACAGGCUGCUCUGGUGAAAGAACCUGUCGUUUCUGUCAACCGCGUGAUAUGGAGCCCUGACGGUUCCUUGUUUGGAGUUGCUUACUCUAGACAUAUUGUACAACUAUACUCUUAUCACGGAGGCGAAGACAUGAGGCAACACCUUGAGAUUGAUGCUCAUGUUGGUGGUGUGAAUGAUAUUUCCUUCUCGACUCCAAACAAGCAAUUAUGUGUAAUAACCUGCGGUGAUGACAAAACCAUAAAGGUCUGGGACGCUGCAACAGGUGUCAAAAGGCAUACCUUUGAAGGCCAUGAAGCUCCUGUUUAUUCUGUUUGUCCUCACUACAAGGAAAACAUUCAGUUCAUAUUUUCGACAGCUCUCGAUGGGAAAAUUAAGGCAUGGUUGUAUGAUAACAUGGGUUCUCGAGUUGACUAUGACGCACCUGGUCGCUGGUGUACUACAAUGGCUUAUAGUGCCGAUGGAACUAGGCUAUUCUCUUGUGGGACGAGUAAAGAUGGAGAGUCUUUCAUUGUUGAGUGGAAUGAAAGCGAAGGAGCUGUCAAAAGAACUUAUCAAGGGUUCCACAAGCGUUCUCUCGGUGUUGUGCAGUUUGAUACAACUAAAAACCGUUAUCUAGCUGCUGGUGAUGAUUACUCCAUUAAGUUCUGGGAUAUGGACACUGUACAGCUUUUAACUGCCAUUGAUGGCGAUGGAGGCCUCCAGGCAAGCCCGCGUAUCCGGUUUAACAAGGAAGGCUCUCUCCUGGCUGUGUCUGCUAACGAGAAUGUGAUCAAGGUUAUGGCAAACUCAGAUGGUCUAAGGCUAUUGCACACUUUUGAGAACAUUUCAUCUGAAUCCUCCAAGCCUGCAAUAAACAGCAUCGCAGCAGCAGCUGCAGCUGCUGCAACGAGUGCUGGACACGCAGAUCGAUCAGCCAAUGUAGUUUCCAUCCAAGGAAUGAAUGGCGAUUCGCGGAAUAUGGUGGAUGUGAAGCCAGUGAUUACAGAAGAAUCAAAUGAUAAGUCUAAGAUAUGGAAGCUUACUGAAGUCAGCGAGCCUUCUCAAUGCAGGUCACUGAGACUCCCUGAGAAUCUGAGAGUCGCCAAGAUAUCAAGAUUAAUUUUCACGAAUUCGGGAAACGCUAUCUUGGCUUUGGCAUCAAACGCUAUUCAUCUUCUAUGGAAAUGGCAGCGGAAUGAACGCAACGCAACUGGAAAGGCGACAGCUUCUUUACCGCCUCAGCAAUGGCAACCAGCAAGUGGGAUCCUAAUGACUAACGACGUUGCUGAAACCAAUCCCGAGGAAGCUGUACCUUGUUUUGCUUUAUCCAAGAAUGAUUCAUAUGUAAUGUCAGCCUCCGGAGGAAAGAUCUCCUUAUUUAACAUGAUGACGUUUAAGACAAUGGCUACUUUCAUGCCACCACCGCCUGCUGCAACUUUUCUUGCUUUCCAUCCUCAAGACAACAAUAUCAUCGCUAUUGGAAUGGAUGAUAGUACGAUUCAGAUUUAUAACGUCCGUGUUGAUGAGGUGAAGAGUAAGCUUAAAGGUCAUUCAAAGAGAAUAACUGGUCUUGCCUUCUCCAACGUAUUAAAUGUGUUGGUUUCUUCUGGAGCAGAUGCUCAGCUAUGUGUUUGGAACACAGAUGGAUGGGAGAAGCAGAGAAGCAAGGUUCUUCCUCUUCCGCAGGGAAGACCAAGCACUGCACUGUCAGAUACUCGUGUUCAGUUCCAUCAAGAUCAAGCUCACUUCCUCGUUGUGCACGAGACACAGCUCGCCAUUUACGAAACUACCAAGCUCGAAUGCAUGAAACAGUGGGCUGUGCGAGAAUCAUUAGCUCCGAUCACUCAUGCCACUUUCUCAUGCGAUAGCCAAUUGGUCUACGCGAGUUUUAUGGAUGCAACAGUUUGUGUAUUUAGCUCUGCAAAUCUAAGAUUGCGUUGUCGUAUCAACCCUUCUGCGUAUCUACCAGCUAGUCUCAGCAAUUCCAACGUACAUCCACUAGUGAUUGCAGCACAUCCGCAAGAACCAAACAUGUUUGCGGUUGGUCUCUCAGACGGAGGAGUUCACAUAUUCGACCCGCUUGAGUCCGAAGGUAAAUGGGGAGUCGCUCCACCAGCUGAGAACGGGUCAGCUAGCGGCGCAGUGACUGCAUCUUCCGCUGGAGCCCCUGCCUCUGAUCAGCCACAGAGAUAAUCUGAUCUGAUUUGGAGAGUCACCUGCCUCCCUGAUUUCUUCUUUUUUUAAAGACUUUCGUUUUCUUUUUAUAUUUUUGGUAGAAAGGUUUAUGACCCAGCGAUUCUAACAUGUUUAGAUGUAACAUAUUUUCACAGUAAUUCAGCAGUAGUAAAGUUGGAUGAACAAAGUAACUGCUGUUGUUUCUCUCUCUCUCUUUCCGUUUCCGAGUUUUUUUACAUUUUGUUACCUUUA